AUGCUCAAGACGGCCCCGUCGCCCACGCUCACUCCCUUCCCAUCGCACUUACGUCAAACGUUCCGUCGCCCACGAUCAGUCACUUUCGUCGCCCACGGUCACUCCAUCCCUUCGCCUACGCUCACUCCCAUUCCAUCGCCUUUGCGCAAUCCCUCCCGUCGCACACUACCUCCCGCAUCUCCGCCUCACCCAUCUCCGCCGCACCCAUCUCCGCCUCACCCAUCUCCGCCUCACCCAUCUCCGCCUCACCCCCUCCGCCCCAUCCAUCGCCGCCUCACCCUCUCCGCCUCACCCCAGCUCCGUCCGCACGCACUUUCGAUCGUCGCGCGCGACGACUGUCCUUCCGCCGCCCACGCUCUCCCCCUCCGGCCGCGUUCAAUCACUACCCUCCUGUCGCGACGGUCCCUUCUGAAGCACUUGCUCAAUCCCCUUGAGCGGAGAACAUUACUCACCCCCCUCGCUCGGCCACGCGAUUUCCCUCUCGUCGCCCACGCUCACUCCUCCCCGCCGCGCACGCUCUCCCCUCAUCCGAAACCCACGCUCACUUCCCUCCGUCGCCCACGCUCACCACCUGCCCCUCGUAUCCUCUCAUUCCCCUCCGUCGCCUAUGCUCCCUCCCCAUCCCUUCCCUCCCCAUCCCUUCCCUCCCCAUCCCUUCCCUCCCCAUCCCUUCCCUCCCCAUCCCUUCCCUCCCCAUCCCUUCCCUCCCCAUCCCUUCCCUCCCCAUCCCUUCCCUCCCCAUCCCUUCCCUCCCCAUCCCUUCCCUCCCCAUCCCUUCCCUCCCCAUCCCUUCCCUCCCCAUCCCUUCCCUCCCCAUCCCUUCCCUCCCCAUCCCUUCCCUCCCCAUCCCUUCCCUCCCCAUCCCUUCCCUCCCCAUCCCUUCCCUCCCCAUCCCUUCCCUCCCCAUCCCUUCCCUCCCCAUCCCUUCCCUCCCCAUCCCCGCCUCCCCAUCCGUUCCCUCAGUUGCUUGACCUCCCAGUCUCUCAUCUUACCAUACCUCAUCUCCCCAUCCCUCAUCUCCCCAUCCCUCAUCUCCCCAUCCCUCACCUCCCCAUCCCUCACCUCCCCAUCCGUCAUCUCCCCAUCCCUCAUCUCCCCAUCCCCCAUCUCCCCUUCCCUCCUCUCCCCAUCCCCCAUCUCCCCAUCCCUAAUCUCCCCAUCCCUCAUCUCCCCAUCCCGAAGCUCCCCAUCCCUCUUCUCCCCAUCCCCCAUCUCCCCUUCCCCAUCUCCCCAAUCUGCCCCACCCCAUUCCGCCCCACCCCUUUCCGCCAUGCCCUCUAA